UAACCACGGUGCAGCAGACUAAACCAUGAGGGCCGCCUGCCGCGUUCCACUAGUUUUGUUAGCCUGUGGCUCUUUUAAUCCAAUCACCAAUCAGCACAUGAGGCUGUUUGAGCUGGCCAGGGACCACAUGCACUGCACAGGUCAGUAUGAUGUAGUGGGAGGCAUUGUGUCUCCAGUGAGUGAUGGCUAUGGAAAGCAAGGUCUUGUACUUGCUAAGCAUCGCAUUGCUAUGGCAAAACUGGCACUUCAGAGCUCCGACUGGGUCAAGGUUGAUGAAUGGGAAAGUCAGCAAUCAGACUGGACGGAGACAGUGGUCACUAUGAGGUAUCAUUAUGAGCGCAUUCUGAAAGAGCAUGAGCCGAGCACAGGAACACACAGCAGCCCCGUUGGAAACAAUACAAACGUCUCAAGUCCAGCUCCCAGAUUGAAGCUUUUGUGCGGUGCUGAUUUCCUGAACACCUUCAAGAUUCCUGGCCUGUGGCUGGACGAUCACGUAGAAGACCUGGUUGGCCGGUUCGGCCUCGUCUGCGUCAGUCGAGGGAGUCUGCAGCCCGAGCGUGCCGUGCACGAGUCAGACACACUGUACCGCCACAGACAGAACAUUUUCCUAGUGAGGGAAUGGGUGAGGAAUGAGACGAGCGCUACAGAGGUCCGGCGUGCACUGAGACGCGGUCUGAGCGUCAAGUACCUGAUCCCGGACUCUGUGAUAGAUUAUAUUCACAAGCACGACCUCUACACGGAGGACAGCGAGAGUCGAAACGAGGGCACGGUCCUGCGGCCGCUCGUUAAACAAGCACAGCAGCCGCUAAAGAGUCUGAACGACUGAGCUGAACUUUAACAGUCUCUCCUCUCGCUAGCAGAGACAAUGU